UUUUUCUCCUUCCUCUCUCUUGGUUAUUCUUUUAAUAGCGGAAUUUACUCCAGCGACCCGACGAGAAGCGAAUCGCUCGGGGCUGACUGCGAGAGGAGACAUUUAACACAAGGCAUCUUUUGUUACCGCGAUAUGAUUUACAGCAGGCGUCAGCUGCCGUGGACUCACACUGAGAAAAUAUGUGUAUCUUAAAUAAUAAUAAUGAUAAUAAUAACAAUAAUGGUGAUGAUGUGAAAGGGAGGGAGAUUGGAAGAAACGGCGGGCUCGGCGUCUCGCAUCGUCUCGGACAUCAAUUUAACAUGAACCCACAUCACCUUACGUAACCUACAUCAGCGGCUCCCGGGUCCUGGUUAUGGCCAGAGAAUAGCGGGGCUCUUGCCGCUGCAGGUUUCGGAUGAUUGGGGUCGGUGCGCCUGGAUUUCACUGGGCGAUGCGGAACCUGGAGGGGUGUUAAUGCGGCUGUCUGCUUGUAAACAAACGCGAUCGGCGGAGUCGGAGAGGGAGAAGACCUUGAAAUCGGGCGCAAGGCAGUGAGUAAUGUUAGAUCAGGAUGGCGCUGUGCAGAGAUGUUCCACAUUGCUGCUCCUUUUACGACCCUGCUCCCCCCCAGCCCCCUCCACAACCAUGAGGAGAGGACAAGUCACAUCCAAGGCGCAGGGGGAGCCGUCUAUUUACAGCUGAGCCGCUCUGAUCUGCCACAACAAUAGCUUCUGUUUUCUCCUCCUCCACUCCCUCCCCAUCAGCCUCGGGCGUAAUCAAUAAUCAGAAAUAUGACGCUUAUUGUGGCUAUAGAUUUGGAGCCAGAAAACUGAUGAAUCACGCAUCGAUCGUAAUGUCUGCCUCUCUCCUGAGAGGAAGGUGUGUUGUUUGUGGUAACCCGGAGUGACCUGGCAGCAUGCGGCGUGUGCUGUGUUGUCUGUGCCCUCCUCACAUGCAGCCUCCCGCAGCGAUGCCCCAGCAGAGAGAGGUCUCGGCUCCGUCCCUCCUCCGCCGCCUCGGCCUGGUACCCGCCCGCCCCCAGGCGCCGAAGAGCGGCCACAGCUUCCCAUGAAGCCACCACCGGAACUCAGCUCGACCGCUCUGCAUGGGGCCUCUCACAUGUAAACUGACAUGGAGGAUGAAGAUGGGACUUGUCUACUUGAUGUUUUGUGUGACCCCCAAGCCCUGAAUGACUUCCUUCAUGGAACCAGUGAGCUGCAGACUGAAGACCUGCUCAUUAGCUCCUCCUCUGGGGAGCCCUCCCUCUUCACAGAUGCCCCGAGUCCCGUCUCUCUGCUGGGAGACAGCAGGGACUGCACGGACACGCCUCCACCUGGCUGUGUGGACCUGUCCUUCUUGGAGGAGGCUCUGCUGUCCUCUCCGGAGGGCGCAGAGGACCCGGAAGCUGUGCAGCCACCUGCCGAGGCUGGAUGUGAGGCGAAGGAGGAGGAGGAAGUGGGGGAGGCGGAGGUGGCUUGUGAUAUCCUCCAGCAGAGUCUGCAGGAGGCUGAAAUCACCGAGCAGACCAUGGCCCUGGAAGCAGGACUGGCGCAAGCAGGAGACGUUUUGUCCCUCUAUCCCCCCACUCCUCUCCUCUCUCCACCUGCUGUGCCGUUCAUACCCAAGUCUGUCACAUUGCCCGUCGCCCCGACGUUGCCCAGAGACACCCAAGCCGCGGUGGAGCCUCCUCAGCCCUCCCUGCUGGCAGUGGGACCGGGCUGCCCAUCACUAAAACCGGCCACCCCGGCUCAGCUGAUGGGACUCCUGCCUGGGAAUGUGUUUCCUGCUCCGUCUCCAGACAGUUCCUUCUCCCUGAGUCCCGCUCAAGGCUCCAGCAUGAUCAUCCACAAGGCAGUGCCUGGUGUCCCCAAUCGGCCCCUCAUCAACCCGACUCUCAGAGCCACAGCGGCGCCGGCGCCGGGCAUCGUCCUGCAGCGUGCCCCGCUCCCCAUCCAGCCCAAGCUGCCCAUCAGCAUCCAGCCCAGGCUGGUGCAAAUCAGCCCCAAGCCCUCGGGGCAGAAAGCGACCUCUGGUCUCACGUUCGUCCCGGCGACUGCCUCGUCCAACAUCUUACUGUCCCAAGCUCCCGGCCAAAAGACCGUAGCUCCACAGCCGCAGCCGGCGCAGCAGCUCUCCAAGCCGGUCAGCCUGCAGCUGGUCAACCAGGGCGGCUCAUUCGUGCUCCAGCCUCAGGGACUCUUCCAAGGCCAGAACCAGUUUCUUCUUCCGGGCCAGUGUCCCGUCACAAUCUCCCAGCCUGCCAGAGCAGUGCAGCCUCUCCUUACCCCCAGUCAUCAAGGCCCUUCCGUUCACGGCAUGGCUGCCUCCACUGGGCAGCUUGUGGAUGGCUCUCAGAUUCUAACCGUACCCCGAAGACAGCUGAACUUCAGCCCAGUCUUCACCACUCCUACAGGGCAGCUAGCUCUCCGCCAGGCCACUGUGCUUUCAGGAUCUCUGCAGCUGCAGCCGGCCCCCGCCACCGUCUUCCAGAUGCCAGCACAGCUGGCUGGAGCUUACGCCGCAGGAGGGCAGGGGCAACAAGCCACCCUGGUCCACAGUCCUGCUCUUGGGAACCACAUCACCCUGAUCAACAGUUCAGGGGUGCUUCCCCAGGAUCUCACUUCCAUCUCGAUUGUCAACGGCCCCUCGGUUGUUCAGGGACUGCCGUUCGCCGCUCAGGCUGCAGCUCCACAGGCGGGAGUGACAGACGGGCAGCUGAGCCUUCAGCGGGCCUCGGUGGUGCUGCUGCCUGAGAGGCCUGUUCAGGAGGAGAGGAGCGGCUCAGAGGAGGCUUUCCACCAGCUACAAAAACCCUUUGGACACGUGGUCCAGCACAUCUCUGUGCAGCCCGGCUCUGCGGGGCUCCAGUCCUCUCCUCCUCUUCCUCAGGUGGUUGCGGUCUUACAGCCCCCACCUGAGCCUCCUCAUGUCCCUGAAGCAGCUGUGGAGACGCCCAAGCUCCUGAUGCCCUCAGCAGACCUCAGCCAAGUCGUGGAAGAGGUCGCCCACUCGAUGAGUCAAAGCCAGGACUUUAUGCAACACAUGCCACAGCAGGAAGCGCUUAGUUCUCCCAUCCCAUCUGAAUUAUUGGUCGGAGAUCUGCCAGUGGUUCCGAUUGAACCCCUCACCUCCCCGGCUGGCAGCGACGGAGCCAGUCCACCCCGGAGCGGAGCCGCGUCUGAACCGGACGCUCACGUGAUCUCCGGCCGGCACUGUGAGGUUUCCCCGCAUCCCUCGGAACCGGAAGACGCGACGAUGAUCUGCUCCCCGUCUCUGGUUCAGGACGCCGCGAGACCAGCUCCGGCGACGUUCUCCCCUCCUGUUGGGCCUCAGACGUCGGCCUCCCAGGCCCACAUGGAGGCUCCAGUCCAGUACCACGUCCCGCAAAGCUUAUUUGCGGAGACCCAGGCGAAUGUCCAGAGUGUCUCCCAGCCUCCCGGACAGGUGCAGCCCCCCGUCUCCCAGCCCCCGUCUUCGAGCUGCACUCCCGCCCGCCGCAGCCCGUCCCCUCUGCAUGUCAGCGUCCCGGUGCCUCAGCAGCAGACUGCGCCCGCUUCUCUCUCCAACGAGGGAGACGACUCUGCUGUCCAACAGCACACACAAAACAAGCCCACAGCUGCCUUGGAGAGUAAGAGCUACACUCUCAAUGUACAUCCACCCUCUCCUGCAGAUCGACUUCAGGGGCCUCCCAACCAGUGUGGCUCCGUCCAGCACAGCGGCAAAAAGCUGGCAGAUAAUCUGGAACUGCAGCGAGAGGAGAGGCUCACACCAGCAACGCGCAGACACAGAUUCCAGCAGCAGCUCUGUUUGGACCACGGAGCCGUGCAGAACCCGUUCACCCGGCCGGCGUUCGCCACUCUGAAAGACGCCGUUAGACGCCUGCUGCCGUACCACACCUGCGCCGGUCACCUGCCCACUCAAGACGACUUCAGCUUAGUGGAUCAGGAGUUUGACUCUGUAUCUGGUUUCCUGCUAAAACGCACCAAGGACAUGGUCAACAAAUACAGGCAGCUAUUGGUUAAGGAAACCCAGCAGGAGAGUCCGUCGGCAGAGAUGGUGAUGCUGGAGCGUCUCUUCCUCCAGGCCGAGAGGUACACGCUGGCGGAGGAGAGACGGCGGGCUCGCAAAGAUCCAGAAACGUUUAUGACAUCUUUGGUGACGUCAGCGUCUUCCCCUCACAGUGCCCAGUCCUCUGGCUUCUCUCACGCACACUCUUCUAGCAGCCCCUCCUCCCCGCCAGCCUGGGCACGAUUGACCGAAAGACCCCCAGGACUGAAGACCUACCGCUCCAGCUCACGUGGAGCUCUAAGACUCACUAUCAAGCAGGAGUCAGGCUCUCGCAAAGUGAUCCACAACUCAGCCUGCGAUCCGGGACUCAAGAGGGACCACACGGGGCAGCUGACAAACGGCGGCGGAGGUGUCAAUGAACGUCACCCCCAGGCAACCAACGGAGCUCCUCGGCAUUCCCAGUACGGAGACGAAAUGUCCGACGGCGCUCUUGGCUGUAACGCCGCAGAACAGGUCCCACAGACGGUGCCCGACUCCGAAGCAAAGCCUCCGAUUCCCCUUCCGAUGACGGAACCGGAGGACGUUUGCUUCGAGAUUGCCACCAGAGACAUCGGCGCUCCAAAGCUGAAAUGCUACAAGGUGGAUGUGUCCCCUCAGCCGGAGCAGCGCUUCAGCCCCGCGUCCCUGCCUUUCCAAGAGGACAACAUCCUCAGCGAACAUCUACAGAGUGCCAUAGACAGCAUACUGGAGCUCCAGCGCCUGCAGGGCCCCUCGGUGGCCCCGGGCAGGGCGGCGCCAGGCCCUUCACUGGACCAGCCAGUCACCAGCAUCCUGGGGGGACACCUGUGAGGUAACCCCACAGGGGUCAGUACAAAAAUGUUGACGGCGAUGUUGCUUGAACUGAUUGUGUGAAGGAAGAAAACAAAGAAUAGGCACUAUAAAGAAAUGCAUACCAGACAACAGCACUAUCUAUAGUCGGAUAGAUGUUAGAUACUUCAUUUUUGAUGUAUGUUUGUGGAAAAAAAAAGUCUAUUUGAAUAGGAGCUAUAUUGUUUCAGUGGUAGUUAAGUCCUUCAGAGGUUUACGACACUGGUGUAACCUUCAUCAGCAUAUAGUAUAUAAGUAAUAGUGAGGAUAAUAAAACAUGGAGUAGACUGAGAUUAUUCAAUAGUUUUUUAUAAGAUUUCUUUCAAAAUUGUGAAGCUUUUUUUUUCUUUUUCUUUUUUUGCAUAGUGCCAACCUUCCAGGGUAUUUAUUUUGAUACUUUGUGCCAAUUGCGUUUUGCAUUGAGAAAUGCAGUGAGUGUGUGAGGUGUGCGUGCGUUCUCGUUUGAAUUAGUUCGCGUGGAUUCGGAAGAGUGCGUGUGUGUGUGUGUGUAAAAGCAUCGGCUCGUGCGUCGGGAUGGAACACACACACGCAUAAAUAAAUAAAUAAAUAAAAAUCCCGCGUGCGCCGUCAUCCUGGCUUAAUGAAUGAAACUCCAAAGAUUUUGUGACUUGUUACAUCCUGAAUACACCAGCAAACGUCCACGUCGUGUCUCUUCCCGCAAGCUGGAGUCUGUCCUCGUUAAAAUAGAAAAAAAAGAAACAAAAACAAACAGAACCCGGUGGGGCACGGAAACACAUUAGGCAGUCGUGUUUUGUUGCUAUUUUUUUGAAAGUUUGGGCCAUUACUGGAGUCGAACUGUGAAAUACUGCUAAUUUUGCAUCUGCAUUCGGAGGCUAGAACAGUUUCCCCUACUGUAUGUAUGAACAUGCAAGCAAUAAUAAGUUAGGGUUGUUGGGAGCCGCGAUGGUGCAGGAGGAGGAAGGAGCCUGUUUAAUAACUGGGCCCAGGUAAAAAUGCAGAAAUGAGAGAUGCUUUAUCGUCAUGAGGGCCUUUGCUGUUUAGAAAAUAUUUCUAAUAUGUCUCAAGGGCUUAAGGUUGACUUAUUGGCAUCAAUGACCAUAAGAAAUGUUCGGUUUUGGAAAGAAAUACACCAAAACUAAGAAGAAAAUCUAGAAUUCGAGCCUCUCCGCAUCAUCAGCCUUUGACCAAAAACACAACGAAUCAUCUGCUUCACUUAAAAGUUUCUUUAAGCUUUUUUUUUUUUUUUUUUUUUAUCUUUGCAGCUUCUUAUGUUAUUGUGACAAUCUAAUCAGCCCUUGUGAAAAUGUGAAUUCUGUUGCAUCCGAUCUUCGCAAACUCUUCAUAAAAUGUGAGAAAAACGUUCGCUGUAGGUUAAUCUGUAGCUUGAAGGUCAACGAUUGAACUGUAAAAACAGGAACACGUCUGUCUUACUUAUAAAACGGACCGAAAACACGCUGCAGAAAUUUGGAUGUUAUGUAUGGAGUCAUUUUUGUGUCUUUAUUUUGCAGUUAAGAAAUAUAAACAUAUUCAUAUCAUUAGAAUGUACAUUCAAAUAUUCGGCUAUUUGACUUACAGAGAUUCUUGGCUAUGACUGUGUAAAAAGAUGGCUCUACAUGUUGUUUUCUCCUUUUCAAUGGUAAUGAGAUCUUGCAUCACAGAUCUAAAAAAAAAAAAAAAUUUGUCUAAAUAAGAAGCACAACUUGUAGCUUUAUGUUGAUUUCCGUUCACUUUAAAAGCUGCAACAGAAAUCUCACAAGGACUGCAUGUCAUUGACCUUACAACUUAUAACUGCAACGAUGUAUUAAUCUUAUCAGCAUCCGGAACAAGUAUUGCUCUUUGGUAUUAAGUUAAAUCAAUUGAAAUGUGAAAUUUUACUCAAGUGUGUCCUCUUCCCCAUUUGUAUUUUAGAUGUAUUAUUUAUGUCCCGUUUUGCUCUGCAAUUUGUUUGCAAUAUAACUACACAAAACUAACUCCAUGCAAUUAGGGGUUAAGACAACUUGACUGAAAAUUUGAAUUAGCACAGUGUGGUCAGUAUAACAUUCCUCGUGUGAAACGUAACCACAAAUAAGACAGGGUGUGUUUCUCAAGCUGUUGUAACAUCUUGGUGUUAGAAAAAGAAAAAUGGUGGCAACAUCCGGAAAUGUGGGGCUAAAUGGCUUUUUUUUACCAUUGUUUUCUUGAAUUGUCUGAGUCUUUUUUUGUGUGCGUGUUUAAAUAGUCUUCUGUCACAUUGAACAAAAAGUUUUAAUAUGCAGUAAUUUAGUGCUGAAACUAAAUGUACUAGUGUUGGUGGACACUUUAAAAGAGCGUCACAAAACACGGCUGUAUGCUAACACCGAAGUUAGCGGCUAGCGGCAGUCAGCUAGCUUGGUUGGAGAAUUUGCAAUCACUUACCUGCUGGCUUAAGCUUUAAAUUCGUUCUCUAAAAUUUACAGUGACUUAAAAACGUAAUUAUAUCCCUUGAAUAUUUUUUUCAAAUUGCAGGUUGUUACGUUACAACCUGGAAUUUCAUUGUAUUUACUUGGUAGCUGAGGCGAACCACGUUUUACAGCCUGUUCGAAUAUCAUUUCGCCAUGUCCCCUUACGGGUCCCUUUUCAGGACAAAAUUAAGCUAAAAAAAAAAACAGAAGUACAGAUGUUCUGGAUCUUAUAGUGUCUCAACCUACAUUGGUUUCAGCAAAAAUGCAGUAAAGAUGUCACGACAGAUUGCACUCUGUCACUGCUACACUUCUUUAAGGGGAAUUCCUGUUUUGUUUUUGUUUUUUGGGGUAAAAUAUUUCCCAAAGUUCUCCGUUAUAAUUCAAGGCCUCUCCACCAUUGACGGAAUCCCCUUGGAGGAAGCAGCCUCAUGUGCCAUUGUUCUUGUCGCAGUGUCAAACACUGCCCUUUAGAUGUGUAGUCCGUCUGGAUCAUCGGAUAAAAGGAUUCUGCAUGUUGAGCCAUUUUAUUUAUUUGUAAAUGUGCUUUAUUCAGCAUUUCUGACUGAACUGUGAAACCAGGGGAGCUCAUAACUAUACGCUUAACUUCAGAGAAGAAGAAAAGAAAAGAAAAAAAAAAAAAACAUUCGACUAGCAGAUUG